AUGGAGAGCAACACGGUGGCUGAGGCCGUUACUGUCAGUCUGCAGGAACUUGUAGAUGGAACCGUAUCCUUCGACACUCUAACCGAAGCAUUUGGCCCGUCCUCUCUGGGUAUCAUCGUCGUCAAAGACCUUCCCUCGACCUUCAGCGACCUGCGCGCAAAGGUUCUCUCUAAUGCCUCGUAUCUGGCAGCUCUCUCUGACCCCGAACUGGAAUCCCUCACAAGCCCAGAAUCUAAAUACUUGGUCGGCUGGUCCUGUGGCAAAGAAACCCUGAAAUCGGGCCAUUUCGACACACUCAAGGGCUCGUACUACGUGAACUGCGCCUUUUAUCAGGAUGCUUCUCUAGAAAGUGCCCCGGCGGAUGACUUCCCAGAUCUACCCCAGUAUACCGCGCCAAACAUCUGGCCUUCGCCAACCAGAUUGCCCGAAUUCAGGGGUAGUGUGGAGUCACUAUGUACGUUGAUCAUUGAUACCGCGGCUCUGGUCGCUAGGGCAUGUGAUCGGUAUGCGGAAGCCAACAUCGAAGGCUAUAAGCCUGGAUAUCUACACCAUGUCGUGACAACCAGCUUGACUACAAAGGCGCGGCUUUUGCAUUAUUUCCCUGGAAACGAGGAAGAUGAGGCUGAGGCCAGUGACGACGACUGGUGCGCUACGCAUCUCGACCACGGCUGUCUGACUGGCUUGACAUCGGCCAUGUUCCUCGACGAAGUGGCUUCCCCUCCCACUAUUGAUCCGUCUUCCGGGUCUGCAUCUGCCACUCUCCCGGAACUCUCCCGUUCCCCGGAUCCGUCGGCUGGAUUGUACAUCCGCUCGCGCACUAAUGAAAUCGUUAAAGUUAAUAUUCCUAAAGAUUGUCUAGCUUUCCAGACUGGUGAGGCCUUGCAGCUGAUCACACGUGGCAAGUUUAUGGCCGUGCCUCAUUUUGUUAAGGGGGCCAAGGCUAGUCCUGGGCAGAAGAUUGCUAGGAAUACUCUAGCUGUGUUUACGCAGCCAAAUCUUGAGGAGGAGGUUCAGCCUGGGUUGAGCUUUGCGGAGUUCGCAAGGGGUGUUGUACAGAAGAACUAUUGA